GGAGGGAAUGAGGGUCUUUCAACUGCCCCACAAAACACUGGGGGAGGGUCUGCUGUGGAAAAACUCCGGCACAGCCCGGCUCUUAUAAAACUUCUUUUCCCACCUCGGACUCUUCAUGUGGCUUCUCUGCAAUUAGCAGAAACCAUAAUCCCAGGACGGGGCUCCCCACUUUUCUUUUUUUUUGGUUGAGAUCCUGAAGUGAGUGUGGAUGUAGUAAAGUCCCUGCUCCUCUCUCAUCCCAGAGCACCUCCUGCCAUCCCAGUCCCUUCCCCCCCCCUCGCUCUCAGGGGAGGCUCCUAUCCAGCCAAACAAGGGAUUGUUUUAGAGAGCAGUCAUCCAAAAAAAGAGGCACAGAGCCUGCAGAACAUGCUGGCCAACUCAACCCAACUUCACCGCAGCUGAAGAACCUCCAAAAAAACAACCAAGGCCUCCAGGUCGUUGUCCUCCCCCCCUAAAGACUUUCCCAAGUCCUCGACUUUUUCGGGAGGACGAAGGAUUGCCUGCAAAAACCCUCCCCGUCCUUCUACUCCUCCGCUCUUCCUGGUGAGGGCGCCGGGGUGAAGUGGAGCUCGCUGUGGAUGAGAUCGCAGUACAGCGCUACGGUAUAUGGAAUCACCAUGUUACAGAGAAUUCCAGAAAUCUGCGCGGUUUGCUACUGGUUACUGUCAGUCGUCUGCUGUGUGGAUCAGCCCUCUCGAGCCCCUCAGUUCCUGGUCCAGCCUCUCUCAACAUUCCAGAAGUAUGGCGGCUCCGUAACACUCACCUGCGUGGUGGACCCACCCAACGCCGCCAUCUCCUGGAGACUGAAUGGAGUGCAGCUGGGAGAUGUCCCAGGGGUCCUGGUGUCUGGAGGAACGCUGAUCAUCGCUAGUCUGAACAAUGAUACUGCUGGGAGGUACCAGUGCAUCGCCCAGACCCCGUCCGGAGCCAUGGCAAGCGUUCCGGCUAUCGUAGCCUUGGCCAAUCUGCAAGACUUCAAGUCAGACACGCAGCACGUGAUCGAGGUGGACGAAGGGAACACGGCGGUGAUAGCCUGCAACCUGCCCGAGAGUCACCCCAAAGCUCAAGUGCGAUACAGCGUCAAGCAGGAAUGGCUGGAGGCAUCCAGAGAUAAUUACCUUAUCAUGCCCUCGGGGAAUCUACAGAUCGUCAACGCCACCCAGGAGGAUGAAGGAACGUACCAGUGUGCGGCGUACAACCCGGUAACGCAGGAAGUGAAGACGUCCGUCUCCAGCGACCGCCUGCGAGUACGACGCUCCACAGCGGAGGUGGCUCGGAUCAUCUACCCUCCCAUGGCGCAGACCAUCAUCGUCACCAAGGGCCAGAGCCUGUUUUUGGAGUGCGUGGCUAGUGGCAUGCCGCCGCCAAGGAUCACUUGGGCCAAGGACGGGUCUGACGUCAUUGACCAGAACAAAACGCGUUUUCUGCUCAGCAACCUCCUGAUAGAGGCCACAAACGAGGAGGAUUCUGGGACAUAUACCUGCACGGCCAGCAAUGGAAUUGGAGACGGAGGCUCAGCGUUUAUCUUCUAUAAUGUACAGGUUUUUGAGCCACCUGAGGUCAGCAUGGAGGUGUCCCAGCAGAUGGUCUCCUGGGGUCAGACUGCAAAGUUUACCUGUGAGGUGAAGGGCAAUCCGCCUCCAUCUGUGGUGUGGUUGAGGAACGCGGUGCCUGUUCUUCCUACCCCCAGACACAGGAUCUCCAGGAAGCUUCUUCGAGUGAGCAGUGUGGGUCCUGAGGACGACGGCAUUUACCAGUGUAUGGCAGAGAAUGAAGUAGGAAGUGCACAAGCAUUGACUUUGCUGAUGACCACCAGGGCAGGAGUAACCUUUAUGAGCCCCGGAUCAGUUGUGGGCACCUGGACUCCGACGGAGGCACCUAUUCCCGACGACAAACAGUUGCUCCUAACGGCUCAGUUGAAGCAAAGACCUCCAACUCCAGGAACGCCAACUCCUUGCCCAUCCGAUAAGACCGUCCUCCAGCCUGAGGCUCCCAUAAUCCUCAGCUCCCCCCGAACUUCCAAGACUGAUUUCUACGAUUUAGUGUGGAAGCCCAGACCAAAUAGCAGAGCCACAAUCCAGUUCUACACCGUGAAACACCGCAAGCAGGUGGGGAAUGUGUCUGAAGAGUGGACUUUUUAUCGAGUUCCUGGAUCUCAGAACCGCCUAACGCUCACCAAACUGGACCCAGGAAGCUUAUAUGAAGUGGAGAUGGCAGCUUACAACUGUGCCGGGGAAGGACAGACCGCCAUGAUGACUUUCCGGACAGGGCGACGUCCGAAACCUGACAUCAUAGCCAGCAAAGAGGUGCAGAUUCAGAGGGACGACCCAGGGACCAGCACGCAAAGCAGCAACCAGUCCGACAAUAACCGGCUGUCCCCUCCGGAGGCUCCGGACCGACCUACCAUCUCCGCAGCCUCGGAAACCUCUGUUUACGUGACCUGGAUCCCUCGAGGAAAUGGUGGAUUCCCCAUCCAGUCUUUCCGGGUGGAGUACAAGAAACUGAAGCAGCAGGGCGACUGGAUCUUGGUGACCAGAGACAUCCCGCCAUCACGUCUGUCUGUAGAGAUCACUGAGCUCGAGAAAGGGAUGUCAUACAAGUUCCGGGUCAGGGCUCUUAACAUCCUGGGCGAAAGUCAGCCAAGUGCGGCUUCUAAACUGUAUAUGGUGUCUGGAUACACAAACCGCAUCAACGAUCGUCCAGUCACGGGACCGUACAUCACCUUCACUGAGGCCCUCAACGAGACCACCAUAAUGCUGAAAUGGAUGUACAUUUCAGCGAGUAACAACAACACUCCAAUUCAUGGCUUCUACAUCUACUACCGACCAACAGACAGUGACAACGACAGCGAUUAUAAGAAGGACGUAGUGGAAGGUGACCGACAUUGGCACUCCAUCAGUCAUCUGCAGCCGGAGACCUCAUACGAUAUCAAGAUGCGGUGUUAUAACGAAGGAGGGGAGAGCGAAUUUAGCAAUGUCAUGAUCUGUGAGACAAAAGCUCGAAAGUCAUCCUCCCAGCCAGGCCGGCCUCCCCAGUCCAUGGUACCGACACCCCCUCCUCCCCCAGGCAGGGGCGGGGCAUUGGGUACAGCCACCGUUGCCCGAUCCAGCGACUUGCCUUACCUGAUAGUUGGCGUGGUCCUAGGAUCCAUCGUCCUUCUCAUUGUGGCGUUCACCCCCAUCUGCCUGUGGAGGGCGCUGUCCAAGCAGAAGCAAACCACGGACAUCACAUUUCCAAGUACCGGCAUCCUGAACUCUUCCUGCCAGUACACGAUGGUUCCACUAAGGGGGACCCCCGCUGUCAGCACCAUUCCGUAUUCCAACGGCGCCUUUGUAAACGGAACCUGUCCACCCGCCAAGCUGAUUUAUUCUGGAGGGAAAGAGCGAGAUUAUUGCGCCAAGGCUCUACACCAGGAUGAGGCCAGCACUCUGCUCUCGGGAAGUGAAGCCGGACCCCCAGAACCAGCAGACCAUCAACAGCCCUGCGAGCUUCGCCGGGCGCAAUCUUGCGAGAUGACCGUAUUGUAUGAGGACGAGACAACCCACCCCUACAUCCAGGUCUCCCACCCCGAGGACCCCACCCACGUCCUAGAUGGCACCCGGUUCCCCAUCCUCUCGGUGCCCACUGAGAAGCCGUAUUCUCCAGGUUCUUCAUGUCAUCUCCCUCCGGUGGAGUCCAUGGACACCAGCGAUGGUCCGGAUCCUCCUGUGGACCCCGAACUUCAUCAGAACUCCCUUCAGGGCGGAAAUACGGACACAAGUCCUUCUGACUACACCAGGCCGGCAACCUAAAGGACGAAAGACUGAAUAUAAAGGACUUUCUAUGGGGAGACUGUGCUGCGCCACAGAAUAAUGCUGAGUGUUACUGGACAGCAACGGGCCAAUGUUCUACCCUCCCAGGGUCAGCAAUGGGCCAAUGUUCUUCACCCACAGGGGCAGCGACAGGCCAAUAUUCUACCCACUCCAGGGUCAGCGAUGUGCCAAUGUUGUACACCCCCCCCCAUGGUCAGUGAUGGACCAGUGUUUUAACCCGUAGGGUCAAAGAAGGGGCCAAAGUUUUACCCCCAGGGUCAGCAAUGGGCCAAUGUUCCACACCCCCAGGGUCAGAAAUGGGCCAAUGUUCUAUCUUCCCAAGGUCAGCGACGGGCCAAUGUUCUACACCUCCAGGGUUGGCGAUAGGACAAUAUUCUACCCCCCUAGGGACAGUGAUGGGCCAAUAUUCUACCCCGCCCCCACAGGGACAGUGGUGUGCCAAUAUUCUACACCCCCUUAGGGACGGUGAAGGGCCGAUGUUCUACACCCCCUGGGUCAUCAAUGGGACAAUAUUCUACCCUCUCAGGGUCAUCAAUGGGUCAAUAUUUUAACCCCUAGUGUCAGCGAUGGGCCAAUGUUCUACGCCCACAUGUUUAGCUGGGCCAAUAUACCCCCACAGAGUUAGCGAUGGGCCUAUGUAUUAACGCCGCCCAUGGUCAAUGAUGGGCCAAUAUUCUUCACUGCCAUGUUCAGCGAUGGGCCAGUGUUAUUUUUUAUUCUACACCCCCAGGGACAGUGAUGGGCCAAUAUUCUAUCUCCACUUAGGGUCAGCAAUGGGCCAAUAUUCUACCUUCCCAGAGUCAGGGAUGGGACAAUAUUUUACCCCCUCCUAGGGACAGUGAUGGGCCAAUGUUCUACAGCCCCUGGGUCAGUGUUCUACACCUCCAGGGUCAACGAUGGGACAAUAUUCUACCCCCCCCAGGGACAGUGAUGGGCCAAUGUUCUAUACCACGAGGGUCAGCAAUGGGUCAAUAUUCUACCCCCCCUAGGGACAGUGAUGGGCCAAUGUUCUACAGCCCCUGGGUCAGUGUUCUACACCUCCAGGGUCAACGAUGGGACAAUAUUCUUCCCCCCCCCAGGGACAGUGAUGGGCCAAUGUUCUAUACCACGAGGGUCAGCAAUGGGUCAAUAUUCUACCCCCCAGGGACAGCGAUGGGCCAAUAUUCUACCCCCCAGGGACAGUGAUGGGCCAAUAUUCUAUCUCCCCUUAGGGUCAGCAAUGGGCCAAUAUUCUACCUUCCCAGAGUCAGGGAUGGGACAAUAUUCUACCCCCCUAGGGACAGUGAUGGGCCAAUGUUCUACAUCCCCUGGGUCAGUGUUCUACACCUCCAGGGUCAACGAUGGGACAAUAUUCUACCCCCCCCAGGGACAGUAAUGGGCCAAUGUUCUAUACCACGAGGGUCAGCAAUGGGUCAAUAUUCUACCCCCCCUAGGGACAGUGAUGGGCCAAUGUUCUACAACCCCUGGGUCAGUGUUCUACACCUUCAGGGUCAACGAUGGGACAAUAUUCUACUCCCCCAGGGACAGUGAUGGGCCAAUGUUCUAUACCACGAGGGUCAGCAAUGGGUCAAUAUUCUACCCCCCAGGGACAGCGAUGGGCCAAUAUUCUACCCCCCAGGGACAGUGAUGGGCCAAUAUUCUAUGUCCCCUUAGGGUCAGCAAUGGGCCAAUAUUCUACCCCCCAGAGACAGUAAUGGGCCAAUAUUCCACAGCCCCUGGCUCAGAGUUCUACACUUCCAGGGUCAACGAUGGGACAAUAUUCUACCCCCCCCCCCGGGACAGUGAUGGGCCAAUGUUCUAUACCCUCAGGGUCAGCAAUGGCCCAAUAUUUUAACCCCUAGAGUCAAUGAUGAGCCAAUGUCCCACACUUUGUAUGAAUGCAACGAUUCUGGAGAACGCUAGAAGGAAUUAGCAGAUGAAUGAAACCAAUCUAAUCUGCAAAUAAUUUUUACAUGUAUUUGCCAAUUCCCUCUAGCGUUCUCUAAAACUGUUACAGUAUGUACUUCCUCCUUUCCUCAGCUCCAUUUAGUGGCCAUAAAGCAUAAAACCAGACCCCCUUAGGAUUGUGUUUUUCCCGCUUUGCCAUCCCCCCUCAGCAGUAUUUUGUCUUGCAGCACUUUUGGCCCAUUUUUUUUAUUUUAUUUUUUUGCUAAAGAAGAGAGAGAAAUUUUUAUUUUUAUACAAUAGAUAUAUUUAUAUAUUUAUGCACUUGUACAUAGAUUAUUUUCUUUAUCAAGAAAGUUUUGUACGGUAUGAACCCGAGGGACCAGUAUACUCCGCCCACCAGAUCUCCCGCUAAUGUUUCCGCUCGCCGGCGUGCGAACGCAACAGCAUAGCUUUCCGCUGACACGCGAGGAUUACGCGUUUUCACCGACGCCGCUUUUUUUCCGAAGAAGAGAGCGGUUUCAGGCUCGGACUCUCUCCACAUUGAACCUGCUACAUUCCUGCCCGCCGCGACCGCUCCAAGUCAAUGGACGCACAUCGCACGUGCCGCGACGAAUGUACAUAUGCACUAUGUAUGCGCCUUCAAUAUGAGACAUUGGCUGCUUUCAGUAUAUUUGUAACAAAAAGGAAAUAAACGUCUUUAAAGAAAAACGA